GAUUUGUGCCGCUCGGGUGAAGGGCACAUGCGCCCUUCGGCUUAGAUUUCUGUCGCCAUGGGCGGAAACCAGUCCGCGGAGGUCGGGGGCUUCCGUAUCUUCAAGGUGAAUGAUGGGUCGCCCGCAGCGGAGGCGGGGCUGGAGGUCUUCUUCGACUUCAUCGUGGAGAUCAACGGCCAGCCCAUGGACGCGGACCAGGGCACCUUCGCUCAGGCCAUUGCGCAGGCGGAGAACCAGCGCACCAAGCUGGUGGUGAACAACAUCCGCACUCACACGUCUCGGGAGGUCUACGUGACGCCCAGGCGCUGGGGCGGCGCCGGGCUGCUGGGAGCAGUCGUGCGGUACGACUCCCUAGAAAGUGCAGAGGGGCAGGGCAUGCGGGUGCUCAGCGUCUUUCCGAACUCGCCGGCGCAUGCGGCGGGAUUGCUCCCCAACAAGGACUUUCUGCUGGGCACAACCGAGGUGAUGUUCAGAGAUAUGGAUGAGCUGUCGGAGGUGGUGAAUCUCUACCUGGGCAAGGAGCUGAAGAUCUACGUCUACAACGUGGAGACGGAAAGCAUCCGCGAGGCGGUCCUGGUGCCUCAGACGGGCUGGGGCGGUGAAGGGGCCAUCGGCGCGGACAUCCGCACUGGGUUCUUGCACCGCAUCCCCGCACCGAGGCGCGCUUUCAGCGUGCCGCCGCAGGAUCCUCCAGAGGCGAGAGGCAGCCCAACCGAGAAAUCCCCGCAGACUUCUCCACAGGCAGCAGCUCCCGAAGCGCCGCGACAGGACCCUCAGCAGCUUCAACAGCUGCUGGUGCAGGUGCAGCACGAGCUUUUGCAGCUGCAGCACCUGCAGAGCCAACAAGAGCUGACAGAGGAGCAGAGGCAGCACAUGCAGCAGUUCCUGCACAUGCAGCAGCAGCUGCAGCUGGCUCUGCAAAGCAGUUCGGGCGACAUGGCUGCUCAGGAGGUGGAACGGCCUGAGAUCUCUCCUGAGUCGGACUCAAAGCCCAGUCCGGAAGGUCCACCGGAGGAGGAAAGGAGCCGCGCCUUUCCGAAUGGCCACGGUUGCCAAGGCCGCCAAGAGGAGCCCGAAAGGAACAUCUUCGAGCUUCCGGCUGCGGCCAAGGCGGCCGCGGCGGCCGUGGAAAAGGCGCGGUUGCCCUUCGACUAUCUCGCGCCGGGGAUCAUCUACGAGACGGCGGUGUCAUGACCCCAAGCGCGUCCGCACUUGGCAAGAGCACAGCCUGUC